AUGAGUGAUAAAUAUAAUACAGAGAUAUCUAAUAAUAAAGAAGAAAUUUUCAAUGAAAAUCAAAAUGGAACUAGUGAUGAAAAUGUUACUUCUUUAACGAGUGAACAAAAUUCCAAAAGAGCAAUGUUCUUUCAAAGAUUUCACAAUAAAAAAGAAAAUAAAAAACCUACGAAUGCUGUCAGUCUUGCAAGUUUGUUUCGAUAUGCUACGAUGAUCGAUAUAAUCUACAUGUUAAUUGGUACUCUCGGAGGUCUAGCUAAUGGUGUUCUUUUACCACUUAGGGUUCUUAUAGUUGGCAAUCUUAUAAGUUCAUUUGUUGAACGAUCUACUGAUUUAUGUGGCCGUAAUUUUACAGCUCUUAGUAUUGACUAUUGUCCACCAGGUUAUCAAUUAACAGCAUCAAAUUAUUUUUCAUCAAUUGCUAUUUGCCAUCUUAAUGAAACUACGUUCGAUUUUCAAGGUGAAAUAAAAAAGCAAAUAGUUUAUGCAGUUGCUAAUGCUUGUGCUAGUAUUGUACUGAGUUAUACUCAAAUAGUAUUUUGGUGUAUGGCAGCGGAAAGACAAGCAAAAGCUAUUAGAAAGGAAUUAUUUCAAUCGAUUCUUCGAAAAGAAAUUGUCUAUUUUGAUUUACAUAAAACUGGUGAACUUAAUACAAAAUUGACAGAUGAUGUAGAUAAAAUUCAUUAUGGAAUCGGAGAUAAACUUGCUUUUGUUAAAGGAUGGAAACUCACAUUGAUUGCAUUAUCUACGGCUCCAUUACUAUUUGUUUCAGGUAUAUUCUUUUUCAAACUUGCUUCCGAUUUGACAGCAACGGAACUAAAAGCUUAUAGUAAAGCAGGAGCAAUAGCUGAAGAAGUAUUCUGGUCGAUUAUCAUCGGUGUUUUUAGUUUCGGUCAAGCUAGUCCACAUUUUCAAGCUCUAGCUCAAGCUCAAGCUGCUGCUUACAUUGUAUGGGAAGUUAUCGAUGGACUAUCUAAAAUUAAUAGCGAUUCAGAAACUGGUCUGAAAAAAGAUAAUCUUAUUGGUGAUAUUAAUUUUUCAAAUGUUCAUUUUUCUUAUCCAUCACGACCUGGUAUUAAAGUUCUUAAUGGCAUCUCAUUUGAUGCCAAACAUGGUCAAACUAUUGCUCUUGUUGGAUCAUCUGGUUCAGGAAAAUCAACAUGUGUACAAUUAUUACAACGAUUCUAUGAUUCUGAUUCAGGUUCAGUUUCCAUUGAUGGCCAUCAAGUUACUGAAUAUAAUUUAAAAUGGUUAAGACAACAUAUUGGCGUUGUUAGUCAAGAGCCAAUUUUAUUUCAAGCAACUAUUCGAGAAAAUAUUUUAUUUGGAAGAGAUACAGCAACUGAUAAAGAAGUUUAUGAAGCAGCAAAAAUGGCUAAUGCACAUGACUUUAUUAUGACUUUCCCUGAUAAAUAUGAAACUCGAAUAGGUGAGCGUGGAGCUACGCUCUCAGGUGGGCAAAAACAAAGAAUUGGUAAGCAUAUAAUAAGAAUAUGUAUGAGAAUGUUGAUCAUCUUUUCGUUUAUGAAAUUCUUUGUAGCCAUUGCUCGAGCAUUGAUUCGAGAUCCAAAGAUUUUACUUCUUGAUGAAGCUACUAGUGCACUUGAUAAUGAAAAUGAAAAAAUAGUUCAAGAAGCCUUGGAUCGUGCUGCUGAAGGUCGUACAACAUUAGUUAUUGCACAUCGUCUAUCGACAAUUCGUAAUGCUAAUAAAAUUAUUGUAAUGUACAAAGGUAAUGUAGUUGAAGAAGGUGAUCAUGAAUCAUUGAUGCAUGCUCGUGGAACUUAUUUUGCUCUUGUUGAACAACAAAAUUUACAUAAAACUGAAAGAGAAGAACAAUUAGCUCUUGAACGACAAGAAUGUAGUGGAUCAAAUGUACCAAAUCAAACUGAAGAAAUUCAAUUAGGUUUCAGAAGAAAAUGUGCUUCAAUUGUUAAUAGUGUAGCAUCAUCAGCUAUGAAUGAAUUAAAUGGUAAAAAAACGAAUUUACUAACAGAUGAAGAGGAAGUUGAAGAAGAAGAUGCUGAAAUAAAACAGAAAAAGGAAAAAAAGCCUAAUACUGCUUUACAAGUGUUAAUUAUGAACAAACCAGAAUGGAUAUUGAUAAUAUUUGGAUGUGUCGCAUGUCUAUGCAAUGGUGGUGUUGAACCAGCAUUUAGUAUUAUUCUAAGCAAGUUAGUUGUGGUCUUUCAAGAAUGUGAUAAAGAAGUUCAAAAACAGCGAAUUCUAGUCCGUGUACUUUUAUUUAUUGGUUUAGGUGUUCUUAUAUUCAUUACAAUGUUUAUUCAAAGUUUUUUAUUUGCUUGUUCGGGUGAAGCGCUAACGAAAAGGCUGCGUUCUAAAUCAUUUCAUGCUAUUUUACGUCAAGAAAUUGCUUAUUUUGAUAAUCCAGAUAACAAUACAGGAGCUUUAUGCACACGUUUGGCCACUGAAGCAUCUGCUGUACAAGGAGCAAGUGGUAUUCAUAUUGGAAUAAUGUUACAAAACAUAGUUUCACUUGGUACUUGUAUUAUAAUGAGUUUUGUGUUUUCUUGGCAAUUGACAUUACUUGUUCUUGCUUUUAUUCCAUUUGUCGUUGCUGGAGGUUUUUUACAAAAUCAUUUAAUGACAGGAUUUGCUAGUAAAGAUAAAAGAUUAAUGGAAAAGGCUGGCAAGGUAACAGUAGAAUCUAUACAAAAUAUUCGAACAGUUGUACAAUUAACUAAAGAAGAUUAUUUUUACGAGCAAUAUUGUUCACUUCUUGAAAUUCCUUAUCAAUCGUCUAUAAAACGAGCAAAUCUAGUUGGUUUAUUCUUUUCAUUAACAAACUCAAUUAUGUAUUUUAGUGUAGUAGCACUGUUUAGUCUUGGUGCUCAUUUAAUACAGGAGGAUAAAAUCACAUUUGAUUCUCUUUUAUUGUGUUUUAAUUGUAUUAUAUUUGGUGCACAAAAUGUUGGACAAACAGCAUCUAUCAUGGCUGUUCAAGCUGCUGAAAACAUUUUAGAACUAUUGAAUCGAAAACCGUCUAUUGAUAAUAAUUCAUCUGAUGGUGAUGAAAUAUCAAACUUUAAUGGCGAUUUGGAAUUUGUUAAUUUUCAUUUCAUUUAUCCAAACAGACCUGAAUCAGUUAUUCUUAAAGAUUUCACACUUAAAAUUCGGAGUGGUAGAUCAUCUUUUUAUUCAUUUGUUCAUAUGAAUUUUUCUUUUUUAUCUUUACUUUCAAUAAAUUCAUUGAUCUAUGUAGGUGCAUCUGGUUGUGGAAAAUCAACAACUAUUCAAUUGAUCGAACGUUUCUAUGAUGCAAAUGGUGGUCAAUUGUUAGUUGAUUCAAAAGAUAUUCGAAGUCUGAAUCUUCAAUGGUAUCGAUCGCAAAUUGGUGUUGUUUCACAAGAACCAGUUUUAUUUGAUAUGUCAAUAAAAGAAAAUAUUGCUUAUGGUGAUAACAGUCGAAGUGAUAUUCCUAUGGAAGAAAUCAUUGAAGCAGCUAAAAAUGCUAAUAUACAUAAUUUUAUUCAAAAACUUCCAAAUGGAUAUGAUACAAAUUGUGGUGCAAAAGGAACUCAAUUAUCAGGUGGAGAAAAACAACGAAUUGCAAUUGCUCGAGCAUUAAUUCGAAAUCCUAAGAUAUUGUUAUUUGAUGAAGAUCAUUUAGCAACAAGUGCAUUGGAUAGUGAAAAUGAAAAGAUAGUUCAAGAAGCAUUAGAUCAAGCUCAAAAAAACCGAACAUCAAUUACAAUAGCACAUCGUUUAUCGACAAUUCAAAAUGCAGAUAUGAUCUGUGUUUUACAUAACGGAGUUGUAGUUGAAAGUGGAACUCAUCAAGAAUUAUUUGCUUUACGUGGUCAUUAUUAUUAUUUAGCGAUUGGAAAACUUAAAUAA